CUUCUGCGUCCUGGUGCUGCGUCGUCAUGGAGCCUGUGCGGUCCUUUAGCCAAGAUGCCUGAGGAAACCCAGACCCAAGACCAGCCGAUGGAGGAGGAGGAGGUGGAGACGUUCGCCUUCCAGGCGGAGAUCGCCCAGUUGAUGUCCCUGAUCAUCAACACCUUCUACUCGAAUAAGGAGAUCUUUCUCAGGGAGCUGAUUUCCAACUCGUCGGACGCUUUGGACAAAAUCAGAUACGAGAGCUUGACCGAUCCCAGUAAGCUAGACUCUGGGAAAGAGCUGCACAUUAACCUCAUUCCGAACAAGCAAGACCGAACCCUCACCAUCGUGGAUACCGGCAUUGGCAUGACCAAGGCCGAUUUGAUCAAUAAUCUGGGUACUAUCGCAAAGUCUGGGACCAAAGCAUUCAUGGAAGCUUUGCAGGCUGGUGCAGAUAUUUCUAUGAUUGGCCAGUUUGGUGUCGGGUUCUAUUCUGCCUACUUGGUUGCUGAGAAAGUGACGGUGAUCACCAAGCAUAACGAUGAUGAGCAGUAUGCCUGGGAGUCUUCUAUUACAGAGCACUUAAGAGCAAAACCCAGCCCACGUCGAGUGUUCUGGUCUCCGUGCAAUGAAUACAAAGGGAUUAUUGGCAAAGUCACCGACCAGGGCUUCUGCGAACUAUGGAAGGAAGCAGCAGGUGUGAAAUCCAUUCGGAUCUUGCCCGUCUCCGUCCUCCUCAUCACACCCACCCCAAGUCAGAGAACCACCCUGCAGAACAUUGCAAAGAUCACAACACAAAAACAAGGACCAGCGUGUCUUUGUUUCCAGCUACAGGUUUAUUUCCAUGACAAAAUCGAUUUGUAG